GAAAAUGUUCAAAUUGGGCCCAAAGUGUCAAUAUUUUGUGUGGCCACCAUUAUUUUCCAGCACUGCCUUAACCCUCUUGGGCAUGGAGUUCACCAGAGCUUCACAGGUUGCCACUGGAGUCCUCUUCCACUCCUCCAUGACAACGUCACGGAGAUGGUGGAUGUUAGAGACAUUGCACUCCUCCACCUUCCGUUUUGAGGAUGCCCCACAGAUGCUCAAUAGAGACAUGCUUGGCCAGUCUAUCACCUUUACCCUCAGCUUCUUUAGCAAGGCAGUGCUUGUAUAACAGUGUAAAUUUGCUGUCCCCUCAAAAUAACUCAACACACAGCCAUUAAUGUCUAA